AUGGCCAUGCAAGGCGCUCCGGUCCUUGACAAAUUCUUGUCGGGGAUCUCAGAGAUUAUUGGGAAUCGCGACGGCUCGAAGCUCCAAGAUUUCCUACAAAUCGAACCUCCGUUGUCCGACAUUUACCGACAGAUGGUCGAGGAGUUACGGCAGCAAUAUCCCAAUGGACCGAAAGAGGCUGAUCUCCUGCGCCGAUGCGAAGGGCUCGUCCCGCGCACCAGGAAUGGCAGCUCAUGGACCGCGUUUCCGACCUUCAUGAAGCUGUAUUUCACAUUUCUCCGCGACGUGAACGUCGACAACCUGCUCGAAACCUACAACCUGCUGAAAGGGCUGGUGAAUCAAUACGGUGUGAUCGUGCUACCCACCGUCCUGUACCUUUCCAAAGUCCUCGCGAAGCUGGCCAUGGGCCUCGAUCGCCGCCCCGAAUUGAUCGCACAUUUGUUGAGAAUGGAGGGUCGCUCUGAUCAGGACGAGAGCAUUGAGAAAGUGACAUUAGUCGAGAAAUCCGCGAAUGUCGUCCGGGAAGCGUUCAUCAAGUGCCUCACGGAUCGCAGCGGAACCCCGGGGGUUCAUGGCAAGCCCGAGGGCAAGCGGGUGGGCAUCUAUCUCAUGGCCAACCUGUGCCUGAAGUUGCUUUUCCAGGUACGGUCCAGAUUGAGACCUCUUCGACCGCUCCUAGGAACUGACGCAGAUGACUCCAGUGCGGGAAACUCCGAAAUGCAGAACAGAUGUUUUCUAGUAUCAGCGCCCAGUCCCCGCCGCUGA